CUCUAUACAAUUUAGAUCCAGUUUCUCACAAUAAGUAUGUGGAAGACUUUGUUAUGUCAAAAACCUCAGAAAUCCGAAAAGUGGGUUGAUAUAAUCCCUAAUCACAAGCCACAUCGUAAAAACGACAGAUUUCGAGUCGUUUCUUACAAUAUCCUUGCUCGUUGGAAGGCGUCGUCUCCCAUGUAUAGUUACUCUCCUCCAGAUAGUAUCCUGUGGGAUAACCGUUCGAAGGCGAUUCUUGAUAAUUUAAAGAAUUUUGAAGCUGAUUUCAUCUGUCUACAGGAAGUAGACGAAUACAUUAGUUUUUUUGAUAGAAACAUGGAGGCUCAUGGAUACACUGGAAUUUAUUUUCCAAGAGGAGAAGGCUAUAAAAGAGACGGCUGUGCAAUCUUUUUCAAGCCCAAAUUGUAUACAUAG